AUGAAACGCAUUUCAUGUCACGUGUUAGCAGUGCUGGUUAUUUGCCUCGUAACGGUGCCUCGUACGACACAAGGCUCAGGUGAUAAGAGCAGCGCAGGGCAGCAGAAUGUUAACGCUGUGAUCGAGGAGGUGUGUGGGAAGACAGCUUCGAAGGCUGUCUGUGUGAAAACAUUAAAAGCGGACCCACUGGUGGUGCAUGGGCAAGGGAAUUUGACGGCCAAGGACCUGGCAAUAUCGUUUCUGAGAAUGGCAUCGAAGAAUGCAACCAUGGUGAUUUAUGAAUUGAAGGUUCUGAUGGAAAACGACAGGUUGGAUCCUCAGGUUCAACAGGGAUUAUCGGAUUGCAGAGACAUGUUGUCGGAUGCAGGAGAACAGAUUGAUAUCGCACUUAAUGCAGUAUCGGCGGAUGCUUCCUAUGAUACUGAGAAGUGGCUCCAGGUUGCUACGGAUGCCACCGAUCUCUGCAAGGCCUCUCUCGAAGGCACCGAGCAAGUCAUGCUGGCCAAGGCCAAAGGUUUCUACAAUUUAUGCGUCAUUGCCGGCGCCAUAUGCAACCAACUCUAA